GGAGUACUGGGCGAACCUAAGGGGUUACCCCCACACCGGGAGUCCGAUCAUCGCAUACCACUGAUCAACGAACAACAUGCCGUACACGUUCAUCCCUAUAGGUAUGCUCACUUUCAGAAAACCGAGAUCGAACGGCAAGUAGCCGAGAUGCUUGAAUCAGGACUAAUACAGCAUAGCAAGAGUCCGUUUUCUUCUCCAGUCCUGUUGGCCAAAAAGAAAGACGGCACGUGGAGAUUCUGUACUGACUACCGGGCUCUGAACGCUGCGACCAUCAAGGACCAAUUUCCUAUCCCGAGCGUUGACGAUAUGCUUGAUGAGUUAGCCGGGUCACGUUAUUUCUCUGAGCUCGAUCUGAGAGCUGGUUACCAUCAGAUUCGACUCCACAAGGCCGACAUUCCAAAGACAGCUUUUCGUACACACCAGGGGCACUAUGAGUAUCUUGUUAUGCCAUUUGGAUUAUGCAACGCCCCAUCCACUUUCCAGUUCGCCAUGAAUUCUAUCUUCAAGGAGUAUCUGCGUAAGUUCGUUCUGGUACUCUUUGAUGAUAUCCUGAUCUAUUCAAAGUCUUGGGGUGAUCAUCUUGGGCAUCUGAGAGUAGUGCUCGAAAUUCUGGAAGCCAACUCAUUCCACAUAGAGCCAUCCAAAUGUUCUUUUGGGCAGAUGGUGGUUGAGUAUUUGGGGCACUUCAUAUCACACGAGGGC